AUGGUUGAUAAACUAUUCCGCCACAAGGGACAUUCUCAUGUGCCAGAGUUUCAGAGCGAUGAAGAUGCAUUCAUGCACAUGGAGAAAUUGUUGAAGAAGAGAGGACCUAAUCCUUUAUUGUUGGUCCUGGAUGAUGUUUGGCCUCACUCAGAACACUUUCUUGAUAAUUUCAAAUUCCAGAUUCCAGGUGAUAAGAUUCUAGUGACAUCAAAAUCUGCAUUUCCAAGAUUUGGUUCAUCGUAUGAAUUGAAGCCACUGAGUGAUGAAGAUGCCAUGACACUUUUUGUUCACUCAGCGCUCCCUACUAACCGGAAUUCUUCUUUUCUGGAUAAAAGUAUUUUGAAUGAGAUAGUGAAUGCAUGUAGAGGGAACCCACUGGCUCUUACAGUUGUUGGCAGAUCUUUGUGCGAGCAGCCUGUAGCAGUCUGGCACGAUACAUUCCUGGAACUGUCUAAACAGGGUCCUGUUGUCGAAUACAAUAGUGCUCUUCGUAAUUGUCUCCAACAAAGCUUGAAGCUCUUGAAGAAUAAUAAGGCUACAGUCAAGGAGUGUUUCAUGGAUCUAGGUUUAUUUCCCGAAGGUCAAUGGAUUCCUGCCACUGCACUCAUAGACUUGUGGGUUGAACUAUAUGAACUAGAUGAAGAUGGAGUGAAUUCCAUUGCUAUCCUCCGUGACCUCCAUGCCUUAAACCUUGUUAAUCUUGAAGUGAGGAGGACAGAUGCAAAUGAAAUUGAUGGGCUCUAUAAUGAUCACUUUGUCAUGCAACAUGUUCUUCUCCGACAACUAGUGAAUGAUGAAAGCAGCUUGGAGCCUGUAGAGCAAAGAAAAAGACUAAUUAUAGAAGUGAGCGGAAAUGGAUUUCCAAAUUGGGGUGAGGAAGAAGAAAAACCAUGCGUCAGUGCCCGCCUCUUGUCCAUCACAACAGAGGAGAUAUUAACACCGAACUUGUUCGACGUGCAACCACCAGAAGUCGAGGUUCUAGUUCUAAAUGUUUUCACAAAGUAUUGCAUGUUGCCUGAGUUUAUGAAGAAAAUGGAGAAACUGAAAGCUCUUAUAAUCACAAACUAUGGUUUCUUGCCACCUGAAAUAAGCAAUUUUCUUCUUCUCUGUUCUCUGCCCAAUCUGAAGAGUAACACCACCAUACGGUUGUCAAGUGCAAUGCCAAACCUAUUGGAAAUCAGCAUGGACCGUUGCAUUGACAUGAAGAGCCUGCCUAUCUGGUUUUGUGACCUUGUCCACCUAAAGAAACUUUCUAUCAGCAGUUGUUGGGAACUGUCCGAACUACCAAGGGAAAUCCGGAAGUUAGUGAAUCUAGAAGUGCUGAGGCUUCGUUUCUGUAUCCAAUUAGCCAAGCUUCCAGAGACAAUUGGGAGCUUGUCCAAGUUGAGAAUUCUUGACAUUUCUGACUGUGCAAGCAUCAUGCAGUUGCCAAAUGAGAUUGGAGAUUUAUAUAAUCUAAGAAAACUUUACAUGAAAGGGUCCUCAAUUUCAGAGUUGCCACCAUCAAUUGCGAAUCUUAACCAUUUACAGAAUGUCAUGUGUGACGAAGAAACUACUACUCUAUGGAAACCUUUCUUGAAAAAUCGAACAGAUCUUUGGAUAAAGGCGGGACAAGGAGGAUGCAUCUACUUGUAUUAUUACUUCUCUCUUUCCUGA